GUGACACAGUUUUUUUUUCCAUGUGACUAACGCUACAGCUUAUAAGCAGCAAGACAACGUAUAAAAUGCUUCGUGGAGUCAAAUUAUCGUCAUUGUUCUCGAUUCAAAAUGGACGAUUCUUCCUUUCCAGAACGUGCAACCUGUUGCUGGAACAAAACACGGAGGAACGUGUGCGUGAGGAGGAACUCCGCCAGAAAAUUCUACAAAAGUACCGGCACAUGCAAAUACCUCCUAUAACAAAUCAUCAAUAUGGUCACUUUGCGACAAUGGGAAUCAACGAGACUGCUGUUCAUCAGGCUACUGGCGACGCCGGAUCUCAGGGCUCUGGAUACGUUGGCGAGCAACGCUUUCAAAACAGAGGUAGAGUUGAUUGGAUUAUGCUGCUCACCGGCUGCGCAUUGGUAUAUUUUUCUGGAAAAAUUCUCUUCAACCAGUUUACCCGCGGUGUCAACGGACUAGAAAUGCCUUUGUGGACUGCUAGCGUGGAAAUGCAAGCGAAACAUCUGCUUUUUGCUAUUCAGUUUAGUCAGCACGAACAAGACCAGCUGAGGAAGGACUUUGAAGUCGUUCGUCAAACAAACCCGUUUGUCAACUUUUUUGAAUGGGUGCGGUCGCAGAGAUCGGAAUUCUGCUCUGGUCGUAAAUACAGCCCUGAUUACGUGUUGAACGUGCUAGUGUCUUCCUUGCGUAGCAACGAAAGCACUCAGCUAGCCAAUCUUGCUCGCACGUUGCAGCAAUCUAUGAGACGGCAAACAGGUGAUUCUCUGCAGCGCGUGGAUGACUUUGUGGAACAGUUGCAAUCUACCGGUCUCUUAUUUCAAGCGAUGCGUGGCACCGGACCCACCAACGCUUUUGCGCCUAGCUACCAACCUGCGCCAGGGUUCAUACCACCUGUCGGACACACACAGGGUGGCGCGGAGCAGUCCGAUCUUAGCAGCGCCUUAGAGGUGAAGAGCGGUGUGGCUCACAGCUCCACACCGUUUGAUGACGCAAAAUAA